AUUAAAUUUAAAUUUCAAGUAUUCGUAUUGCAAAAUAUUUCAGCGAUUUUCAGGAAUUUAUUGGGAAAUAAAUAUACAUUUAUUUCUUUUUUCUGGAUGAUAAGUCAUAACUGUGUCAAAGCGAUUAGUUUUUAUCGCCAUACAAAAUGGCUGGUUAUUGUUUGCAGCUUGGAAUCAAAAUUAAGUCUUGGUUUCAAAAUUUAGGAAGACGGCGACGAGACAGGGGGUCAAUAGAGAGUGGAGAGUACAAUGGGCAGUUCAGCAUUUGGAACGAGUAUUUGGUUCCUCUGGACACGUCGCCGGAUAACGAAUGGCACGUGAAUAGGGAUCUUUCUCUACAGGUGAGAUGUUCUAGAAGUCAUUUCACGGGAUCCGAAGCGGAAGAGAUGGAAACCAUACCGUCCCUCAGUAGUUAUAUGGAACCCAGCAGGAACACCAAAAUCGUAAAUGAUGCGGUUUGGCCCGAGUGUUGCGGAAUAUCUUCCAGCAUCGUGACAGUCAGCAGCUGCCCUUCUAUAAUUCAAACUCACGAUUGGUUUUUUCCUGAGUUGUCGGAUAAUAUUCACUCCGGGGUCGAGACGGGUGGCGUGUCAGAAACGAAAGUGGAUAUGAAGUGUUGCCAAACGGACGAAGAAAGUAAAACUAAAAACGAAUGGGUGUGGUUUCCUGGAGAUGACGAAUUUCGUGAAAAAUCUCCGGAGAAUGCCCAAAUGGGCAUAAAUAAUGGCAAUAGUUUUCGACAUAUGUCGGAUACAGUUAUUUCUAUUUCAAAAGCUGGAGCUGAUAUUAAGAACGAAAAUAAUAUCUGGAAUAACGUAGAAUACAAACGUGUGUACCAAGACAAUCGACUCAACAUACCUUACAAUUUUCCUUCAUAUAACGACAUUUGGAACGGAAGUAACGCUAGCGAUAACAGAUCAGAAGACGUCAACGACACUCUCGUAGUUGGUAAGGAUCCAAAGCAAUUAGCCGAAACAGAAAAGAUGUUAACGGAUAUCUUAUUCGACAAUCCGGCAUUUACGACGGAAAGCAAAGAGGAUGAUUUCCAGAAGCCUUCUUCAACCGCUCCCAUCGUCAUCGAACGAUGCAACGUAACUCAAAAUCAAGAUGGAGGUGUGGAUUUUCUUCAUCCUCCUAUGGAUAAAGUACAGAAGACGAAACGUAUCGAUAGCAAAGUCUCCAAAUUGAUCGACGAAAUGACUCGUCUGAUAGAUGAAGUAAUAGUGGACAACGUCGAAGAUUCUUCCUGUGUUACAGAUGACAAAAAUUCCACCCGAGACCAGCUUUUAUGUUAAAUAUUUAUCUGAAAACUCGAACCUUUUAUCAAAACAUUUCUUUAUUGUUGUAGAUGACUUUUGAUAAUAAAGACGAAACACGUUAUUUAU